CUUCUCAGAGUUCGCAAAUUCCCUCUCUGACUUCGAAUCCUCGUUGAAUCUUGCAGUAUCUAUUCUUGUAUGCAUGGGGUCCAUUCCUGAUGCAAAAGCCGCAAUCCUUCGACACAGCCCAAAGUUUCUACACAUCCACCAUGCAUUGCCACGGCCAGUUUGACAUCAGUUCAUACUCGCUAUCGCGAAACUUUCCUUUGCCGCAUACCUGCUUUCACGCCCCCAAAGAGGAAGGUCGGUAGAGGCAUCGCUAGCUGCCUAGCUUCCGACCGUUAUGGAAAUUUGCCUUGCGUUUGUAUCAUAGCUAAGUAGCUAUACUUAGCACAUAUGGCCAAGAUACCGUAGAGCUGCGUAAACAACAGGCACACUACAAUCCUUGGUACAUAACGACGACUUGUAGUGUUAUUGUUGUUUUUCUGACGCACUGCAUCCCUAGGGCGAUUCUUAGUUUUAGGAAUUGUCGGGUUUAAACUAUAUAGCGUUAGUAAGUAGGGUGCGAUGUGCCUGUUAUUUGCGCAACU